CGGAGAGAGAGAGAGAGAGAGAGAGAGAGAGAGAGAGAGCGUCACGUUGCCAUGGCAACCUAGUGGCAAACCCGUACACCAACACAGCAACAAUGUCUACUUCGGUGGCAAAAUUGGAAAAAAAGAAGAGGCGUGAGCUGGUGCUGAGGCCCUCAUCUGGAGCAAUAAAUGUGUCGGUGUCAGGACUGCAUGGAAGUACAAGACGUCCAAACAGCGUCGUCGCUUCCUACAGUGGAAGAUAUUUCAGCGUGAUCGGUGGCAGUAAGAUGCUGGAGAAGAGCGCCAUUCAAGCUCCGAGACAGGCUGUUCGGGUGUUUGAUGAAGGAAACAAUGAUGUCACCCCUCGGCCGCUGUACCAGGUAGCUCCAGGAGCAGUGCAGGCCAAAGCCAGCUGGUUCUUUGUGGAAGAAAUCCCUGGUGGAUCAGCAUCAGACCAGACAAGCACCACUGGGGGCCUCAUAAUGCCAUUCUUCAGGUCAGUAUUGGGCAGCAGCAGAAUAUCCACCCAGUCGACAAUAGAGUCGAUGAAUGAGGAGAUUGAGAAUACAUUCUCCAAACAAGACAUGCCCAUCAACUUACCAGAUGUGCAGAAGAAACGAGAGAUUGUCAAAGAACAGGUGACAGAAGAAAUGUUGAAAGAUAUCAUAGAUGUCUAUCUGUCUGAAACAAGCACAAUUUCUCUGCUGGACAUACCCAAUACUUUUGUGUCAGCAGAUGCUGAUGAUGCAAAAGCUAUCAUAGAGAGAAACAGUCAGUAUGCUGAAGUUUGCAGGAACAGAAUGGGCAGUCACAAGUAUGUGGAUCACUCAGUACAGACAGUGAAUGGAGCAGCUAAAAACAAACAGGUUCAGAGUGACAGCAUUACCAUGGUGGACGCAGCCACCACUGUUACCACUUGGGACAUCUAUGACACCUUGUGCAGCCCUGAACAGGAUGAAACCAUGCACAGCCCUGAACCAGAGAAGGCCAGCUACACAGAGGCUGUUGUGGACACUGAUAGAGGUACAAAGCAGAGCAUGUCAGUGGGCAGCACAACCAGUACAGCCACUGCUGCUAGCUCAUUGAAAGACAUGGGAGUUUUUGGGAGCAGUUUAAAUGCUGAGUCAGACUUGCAGCUCAUCUUGUCAUCAGAAAAAUUUCAACACUGCUUUCUAGUAAUGGAGAGAAGCAUCCUUAGAAACGCCUUCCAACCUAAGCUGGCUGCUUACAGACAGCUGCCUGUACUAGAAGACCCAGACAGUCCAGUGAGGCCUGGGACAGUGGAGCAGAGAAAGGAGGAUAUAGAGAACUCUAGAUCUCCAGCUCUGAAGUGUCUGUGGGCUUUUAGCUGUGAGCUCAGCAGAGGACGCAGUGUCAGCAGUAUGGCCUGGAACAAGAAGAACCUGGACCUCUUGGCUGUGGGUUAUGGCGAGCUUCACUCCAGUAACCAGAAACCAGGCUUGGUGUGCUGCUGGUCCUUCAAAAACCUUAUGUGGCCUGAGCGUGUCAUCCACUGUGACAGUGCUGUGACUUCUCUGGACUUCUCAUCCAACAACCCCAGUCAGCUGGCUGUGGGGAUGCAUGAUGGCACCAUUGCUGUCUACAAUGUACAGAGUCAAAUCAACAUAUCGCAUGUUAUCAGCAGCAGUAAGUGUCCCGAUAAGCACUUGGGUCCAGUGUGGCAGCUGAGGUGGACUCAAACAGAGCUGAGCCUAAUAGAGGAACAGGUCGAAUCUCUGUCCUCUGUGUCUGCGGAUGGCAGGAUCUGCAAGUGGUUUGUCUUUAUCAGUGACCUCAACUGCACAGAGCUGAUGAAGCUCGAGAGGGUUCAUAACAAAAAGAAGAAGGCUGGAGGGAACGGUACAGAAAAGAAAAGUGUUUUGUCAGAACUGACUCCUGGUCUGUGUUUUGACUUCCAUCCAUUAGACUCCGGUCUCUACUUGGUUGGUACAUGGGAAGGUCUCAUCCACAAGUGCUCCUGUUCUAACAGUCAGCAGUUUCUGCAGACCUACAGGAAACACUUUUGUCCUGUGAACUGCAUCGCAUGGUGUCCACUCAGUCCUGAACUGUUCCUGAGCUGUUCUUCUGACUGGACCAUCCAGCUGUGGAAGCAGGACCACUGUAGCCCUGUAUUAGGCUUCAGCUCCACCCAGGGGGCAGUGUACGACAUCAAGUGGUGCCCAAAGUGGGCCACUGUGUUUGGGGCCAUUAAAGAGGGGCAGCUGGAGAUCUGGGACCUCAGUGCAAACAUCCUGGACCCAGUCAUUGUGCAGCCUGCUGCACCUGGUGUGACCAUGAAGUCCCUGCUGUUUCACACACAGUCAGACUGCAUCCUGGUAGGAGACAGCGCUGGACAUGUGACUGUCUACCAGUUGAAGAACCUCAGAGCGAGAGAGAGCAACCAGGUGAAUAUCCUGGAAGGCCUCAUCAGCUCUGCAGCUUCCAGACAGUUUUGCAAAACACAGCCAGAUAAAAAUAGGAGUAUACCAACGGCAUAAGUAAUGUAAGUGCAUGUUGGCAUCGGUCAUUAUAGUGAAAUGGCCUUGACUUCUGAAAUCAUCAAACAUCAUAGUGAUGACUGAACUUGUCAAGAAUGAAAUAUCACAGUCCUGUUCAAAUAAAAGGUUGUUUUAAUGUCA